CUCUCGUCCACAGAUGCCGCCAGUGACCAGCUAACGGAAGCCCGCUCACCAGGGUGUGUCCACCCAUGCCUACCCAGGAUGCACCUGGCUAACCCCUGUCGUCUCUUCCUCUCCACUCUGCUCGCCGCCCUCCUACACGUCACAGGCCUGGCAGCACCAGUGAUCCCCUCCACACCACCCCCCGCCCCUCCCACCGACUCGUGUGCACGCCGGCAGAGAAAGACGAGGCUGCCUGUCUCCACGGAGGGGAGUGCUUCGUCUUGGACCUGCUAGACACGCGCAGUGCUCACUGCCAUUGUCCGGAGCGAUGGAAAGGUCUCCGGUGUGAAGAGAUCGACGAUGGCUUCUUCGUUCUUCCUGCUGGUGAUGUAACGAAGGGAGGCAUAGCUGCGGGAGCUGUCGUCAUCGUUAUCAUCGUCACUGUCAUUAUCGUCUAUCUCAUCGUCAAGAAAAGAAAAGCGAGACGAAAGAGGGCGGAGGAGAACGGGCAAGCGAACGGGCAUGUCCGGAAACAUUUGAUAUACAAAGAAGGGUUGGAAUGCCCCCCAGAAUGCGGAGCCCUCACGGAGAAGUCAGAGACCAACGUAUGACCCUCAGUUUCCGAAACUGACGAGAAGAAACUUUCAGACUUUCUGGCUGGGAACGACAGCGAUGACGAUCGCUAGGUCUCCUGGUCAGCGACCGGUCACAGACCAGUGACAGUUUCCGCUUCAACAUGGAGGAUGCAGGACUCGGGACGAACUGCGAGCAGAGCCUUAUCCAACUUCCUGGAAGCAACGUCCUUUUUAUUGUUCUACGGUGCUUUUGUUACUCUUCUUCUGAAAAAGGAGAAAAAGGAUUCGUUCUCUUCUAUGUCCGUAUGACUGGGGCAUUCGAUCCUCUUUGUGACUGUGAAACAGAUGGGGGUCGUUGAUAUUUGUUGUUCCUUCAUACUGCCAUUAGCUUAAACGAUGAAAAGAUGGUAGGUAAUACUGCUACACCUACCAUGAUUCCAACCUGACCUUAGAGAAGACGUGAAAAAAUGUCAAGGUCGUCCCAGCAUGAUGAAUGAUAAACCCCUUCAAAUUCCAUGCCUGCGCAUGUAGUGGUCAGCGCCGCAGAGGGUAGAGGCGAGGCGGAGGAACUGAAAAUCCCACCCACCCACAACGAGACGAGGCUUCUUUUUGGACCCAGAUGGUCUGAUACAUUCCCAUGCCAUGUAGGAAACUUCCUCACAAGUUCAGAAGCCUAGGGGCUGGUCGAGAAAUCGUUGCAUGGUGUGUCAAACAGCACAACUCUUUGUCACUUAGAUCUAUCCCUUUGCUGAGCAUUGUACCAGAUUCAUACAGAUCAAUCAUUGUACCAGAUUUCUAUAGAUCAAUCAUUAUAUCAAAUUAUACACAAUCAUCAUCAAUAAUUGCAUCAAUCGCAAAGAUCAAUCACAAUUCGUACUGAUGAGCAGCUGAAGCAAAAAUCUCACCAUGGCCCUACUAUAGUACUGGAUGUUCAAGUUUGUUUAGUAAGAGUUUUACAGCGCUUGCAACUGCAUAAGGCAUAAGGUCAUAUUAUUAUAAACCUGUUUGGAUAUUCAAGUAGCCAUUCUAAUGAGAUGUCCCAAGGACUAAUGUUCAUUUGUAACAAACAUUUGUAAUGUUCAAAUAUAAGAAAAUAUUCGUAAAGUUCAGGUGUAAGAAAAACUCAUAAUGUCCAGAUGUAAGAAUAAUCUAUGACAUUCAGAUAUAAGAACAAUUCAUAAUGUUCAGAUAUAAGAAACAUUCAAAACUGCAGCAAUAUUUCUUUUUGACUUCUGCAGGGGAGGGGAAGGUCUUUUCCAGUACCAAAUGUAUACAAAGGAUAAAGCCACCUCUGGCUAAGUUAAUGACGAAGUUUGACAUAUCAUAAAGGGUCAUGAGGGCUUUGUUGUCACAUUUUCACCAUAUCAUACACCAGCACAGGGUUUAAUGUUGAACAAAAGGGACUUAAAAUCACACAGAAUCUACGCCUUUUGUGUUUGCAUUGUAUGUGUAUGUGGUUACUUACGUCCGUUUGUAGAUUCUCAACUAUGGACAUACUUGAGGGCCACAAAGGGAGAAACGAUCAAAGUUCACGUUUUCUGAAGUAGGCCUAUAGAAAAUCAAAUUUUAAAGUUUGAACUCAUUGUAUUUUGAUCGAUUUCCCAUUCAACUCCUUUCAUAAAUAAUCUCAAAUGCAAGGCUUUGCUUUGUUUGAUUUGAACGUUUUUGAGAAUAAACAAUUU